AUUGCUUGGAACAAAUUUGUGCCGUCAGAUAUUGACGACAUCAUUUCCAAAUCAUCCACUCCACUGCCCUUUCAGUUACCGCCGCCGUCCAAGAAGCAUCUAUUUCUCAGCCUCUUCGAUAACCCGAUUGUCCUUGAUGCAGGCAAAAAGAUGUUUUACCUGGACAAGUGUUCUGGCCAGAAAUGCGUUAUGAUUGCACCCGCAGAGCUUGCUUUCUUUGGGACCAAUAAUAAUGUCCAUGACCUAACUAGCAGACCUGAACCAAAAGCCAGGUUCAAGGAGGUAGCAGAACUCAGAGUGUAUUAUGGGGUGUUUGACAUUUGUUUCAAAAUACCAAAUCAAAUGUUGUUAUCCAAGGAAACACAUUACUCGUGUUAUUUGAUGUACCAAGUUAUAAAUUAUUAUGAGGCGGAGAGUAAUGAAUAUAGUGAUUCAACCAUUGAAGCCCUGAAGGAUGUCCCUAUACUUGGAGAUAACAAGAGGGUCCAAAAAGACGGGUGGGAAGAGAUAGAAAUUAAAUCCUUCUUCAACAACGGAGCAAAUGGCGACGACGAUGAGCUACGAGUGUCUGUUGGUGUUGAUUGGUCUUAUGAGUUUAUUAUGGUUCAAGGCAUCGAGUUUCGGCCUCGUAAUAUCGUGAGAAAAGAUUAUAGCAGCUGUUAUCCGGAUGUACUUUUAUCAUUGUUAGGUAAAUUCACAAUUGAUAAAUUUCCUCCAUGGAUGAUGGAAUCGAUGGAAGAGCUAUUCAAGGAUAUGAACGAUUAAGCUUCGUUUCAUGUGAUUUUCCUUUACACCAAAAACAAACACUAGAGGGUUGCUUGUCUGAUUUGGAAUGGAUUUUGAUGUUUUCCAUUUGUAUUUGAACUUACAUUAUUAUGAUUAUUACUGUAUUUUGGAUCAUUAAGUAAUACGUAGUAGUUGUGAAAGUUUAUUUUCAACUU